AUGGAGAAUCAUAGGAGUUUGAAUCUGAAGCUCCUCCUUCACCGGCGCCGUCUUUGUAGCUGGGAUAUGUACGCCGGCGAUUCCUGCAACAAUGAAGCUUCUAGGUCUGACCUAGAUGCGAUAACCAGGAAAAAGAAGAAGAAGAAUGAAGAAGAAAGAGGAACCCCCAAGGAGAAACGGAGGUGGAGUUUCAGAAGAUCGUCACCAUCAUCAAGAACAGAAAAUGCAGCCCAUAAGAGUACUAGAUCAUUUGACUCUGUUAUUGUUAGUGAACAACUAACAGAAAAUGUUUUAUUUAUGAAACAUCAAAAUGAUCAAAAGAACAACUUUAGUACUGCUUAUUCUUCUGCAACAAGGAUUCAGGCAGCAUACCGCGCUUAUUUGGCAAGACGAGCUUUGAGGGCAUUGAGAGGACUAGUGAAGUUACAAGCACUGGUAAGAGGUCACCUUGUAAGGAAAGGAACGAAUGCAACUCUAAGGAGGCUGCAUGCUCUGAUUUCGAUCCAAGUCAAGGCUCGAAUCCAAAGAAGUCAGCUAGCAGCAGCAACAACUCAAUACCUUAUAAACAGUCAGAAGAAGAAUGUUGAAAUAUUGCAGAGGAGGAGUUACCAAUUAUUAUAUGAUGAUAAUGAUUUGCCUAAUUAUAUGUCUAAUACAGAAUCUUCAAAAGCAAAAAAGGACAGCAGCAGGUCACAUAGCGAACCUAAACAACGGCCCAUCAAAGAAAAGAAGACCAAAAGAUCUAUGUCAAAUAACAGGAUCCAACAUUUUCAACCGCUCAAGACCGCAUGCCCAUAA